AUGACGAAAGAGAAUGAAGACCCUGUGAAAUUCGAGAUAAUUUCAAUGAAAUCGGAAAAUCCUCCGGUAAAGCCAGCACGUUCACAGUCCCAGAAAUGUCACCAAAAAUCUUCAAAGGAAACGCUAAACAGCGGAUCAGAUUUAUUUGAGCUCCUGGAGCGAUGUCAAUCCCAAAGAUUAGACGAUCAACGUUGCGUAUUGCCGUCAUACUUUUCACAGAACAAGAACGAAUCAAAUUAUGAUGAGACAUUCAAAUCGCAUUCCAACUCGAAGAUUAAUGAAACUAAUAAAGCAUCUCCUCGACGAUAUUUCAACUCUUCAGUGACAUCACCUCCAAUGUCGCCAGAAAUUCAAAAUCAGCAACCAUCAAACAGCAUGAAAAUGCUAGAAGAACUUUUAAGUACGGCAGGGAAUCCUGGAAAGUUGCCAAUGCUUGUGAAGCCACUAAAAGGUGGUUAUUGGAUUGAUUGCGGACUAAUUGAUGACGACGAUGAAGUUGGCCAAUCUGAAAGUGGUUUUAAUGACAACAAUAAUCAAAGUGGUGAAUUAAAAGGCAUUGAAGUAAAGCUUGAAACCAAUGAUCAAGCACGAUGCUAUCGUCAACAUUUCUGUGGCAAUGAACAUUCAAAUCUCAUAGGAUUUGAUGAAAACCACGGACCAGUGUUAAUGUCAAUUAAAACUGAAUCAAUCGCAAAUCAGUCUCACUUGAGAAUUUUACUUCGUCUCAAUAUUGGAACGAUGCAUGAGAUUAUUCCAACUUCAUGUAUCAGUGACAAUGCUACACCGCUUAAAAUAUGUCGUUUGUUGAACGAACAACUUCAAGUUGAAGCAUUUACACCUGUAGUAAGUCCCAUGGCAUCGAGUUUGAUAACUGAAUAUGAUGAACAUUUACUUGUCGAUAACUUUAAGUUUGGUGUUUUGUAUCAGAAAUUUGGACAAAUUGUUGAAGAACAAUUGUUCUCGAACAAUCAAACUUCUCCAGAAUUCGAAGAAUUCUUAAGUUAUUUGGGUGAGAAAAUCAAAUUGAAGAACCACAAAGGUUACAGAGGUGGAUUGGACAUUCAAAAUGGUCACACUGGUGAUGCAGCAAUUUACGAAGUUUUUGAAGAUCGCGAAAUCAUUUUCCAUGUAUCGACGAUGCUUCCAUUCACCAAUGGCGAUCCACAACAACUCCAAAGGAAACGUCAUAUCGGAAACGAUAUUGUUGCGAUUGUCUUUCAAGAGAAGAACACGCCAUUCUCACCCGAUAUGAUUGCUUCGCAUUUUCUUCACGCUUUUGUUGUCGUGCAACCACAUACAAAGUCAACGUAUAAGAUUGGAGUGUCAGCUAGAAGUGGAGUUCCAUUCUUUGGACCAGCACUUCCCAAAAAUGGAAUUAUCAAUCGAAAUGAAUUUAAACACUUUCUACUAACAAAAUUGAUUAAUGCUGAGAAUGCUUGUUACAAAGCAGAGAAAUUCGCUAAACUUGAAUUUCGAACACGCUCUCUAUUACUUCAAAAUCUUGUUGAUGACUUACAAGAUAAGACGAAGAACUUCUUAGGCUUCGAUCCAUUGAACGUUGCUCCAGAUUCUCCUGUUAAAGAUAACUCAAAGGCUGAGAGUGCAGGAAGUGCAAGUCGCUUCAUUGAUUCUGUCAAGAAAGCUUUCACAUCAAAGGCAAAGCCGCAAACAUCUGAAAGCACAAACUCAUUACCAAACCCAAAGAAAUAUAAUCAUACACAUCGAUCAUCAAAGAACAGCAACUUCUCAUCAAACUCUUCGACAUUGGAGAAGAAAUCGCCGGUGGCAAACAGUCGAUUACUUCAUCAACAGUCACUUCCAGCACCCAAAAUUUCAUCACAUCAUCAGCUUCAUCAACAAAUGUCAGCACCAGCUCAAAGUAAAGCUUCAACUAAUAAUGAACUUAUGCAAGAAAGUGACAAGUCAAGUCUUGACAGUGUAGAAUUGAACGAUUGUGAAUGUGAUAGAGGUUUCGGUUCGAUGUCAUCGUCAGAUCAAAUUAAACGUCAAAACUCAGAGAAGUCGAAAAAUGAACAAGAUGUUGAGAAGGAAGCCGAUGAUCUAAGACAGGAAGUUACGAAAUUAAAAUGCGAGAAGUUGGACUUGUUGCAACAAAAUGUGGUAUGCCAACGGACCUUGAAACUUCAUCGUGAACGUGAGUUGAAUCUCAAACACGAUUUGUCAGCAGCAAGCCAAGAAAUUUUGCGACUAAGAGAACUUCUCAAACAUUAUCAAUCAUCAGCCAUGACCGAUCUUUAAACUGUUUGAUGUUACUGUUUAUCAAUGUUACAAUGGUGCAAAAUAAAACAUUAUUUAAUUUAAUUAAAGAAAAAAGAAAAAGAAGAAAUCUAAUUUACAAAAUGUCAUACCAAAAAAAUGGAAAAACAAGAAGGAAAAUAAACAGAAAAAGAAUAAAUAAUUCUAUGCUGUAAUACUUAACUAUUUAAGACAAAGAAUGAUAAUAAAUGUUUAAUCAAAAACUUA